GCCUGACUUCUGCUUCAGCAGCCACUAGUACUGCAGCUAGGACGUCUCCCGUGCGAUCUAGAGGGCUGCGUUAGAUUUUACGACCUUAUCAGAGCUUGCCGACAGUGUGCCAAAUUGGCCAUGUCUUAUCAAACGCCGAGUCGCGAUCAACGACAAGUGGCAGGCCCCAGUCGUCCUCGUGCGGCCUCAAGGUCCACGAUGCGACCAUCAACGGAGGAUUCUACAUCACAACUACCUACACACAUGCCAAAUAUGUUUCAGCCUCGAGUUGUCCGAGGGACGGUACCGCAUUCAGGAGCCUCGAUUCCACCAUCUGCGUCACAGUAUGCGUCGCCAAUGAAUGGCUUGUCUUCUUCGCCAUCUCCUGGUGGACGACCGCCUCGCACGAGAAGACCUAGCUCGACGGCUGUGAGCGCUGCUGCCGCUUUAAGCUCUGCAUUAUCUACUUCUCCGCCUCCUGGGCCUGGCUCCGCUGGGUCAUUGACGGCAUACGCGCACCCCUCUUCUUCCCCUGCUUCGUCAAUGCUACAUCCCCACCGGAAAUCAUCUGCCCCAGCUGCAUCUAUAUCUGGCUCGUUCCCAUUAGGAUCUCACGCUGGGUCACUUCAUGCUUUGGAUUCACCUAUUUCCUUCACCCGGCCAUCUUACUUGGAACACUCGGCAUUACGCCGUUACAUUCAAAUAACACCUUACGCCCCCUACACUCCACUGUACACUCAGUCUCAUCAUGCUACAGCAGCAUCAAAUUCUAAUGAUAGCGCUACACGUCAGCGGAGGUCUAGUUUAGCCCGUCGACUUAACCCGGUUUCUAGCGCUAGAACGAGCAGAAUGCUGUUGGAUGAUACUGAUGAUGAUAUGUCUGAGGACGAUGAUCUGCGUAUCCCUCCAACGAAUCGACGGCCAUCAACAAGUGCCCAAGUUCCCACGUCGAAUGGUACCACGGGUCCAUCAGGAAGUUCCUAUGAUGCUGCUCCUGAACAAGUCUUCCAACUCCCAACCCGAUGGAAUCGUGAGGACCGAAGCCCCUCCGUAAAUGUCUCUUCAGAUGGUCGGGAAGUUCAUUUCAAUGGGGUUACAGCAACGGCAGACAAGGAUGCUGCUGCUAUUCGCGCGAAUCAUCCGAUGCCCAGAGCUUGCGGUAUUUACUAUUACGAAGUUGAGAUAAUAAGCAAGGGUCAUAAAGGGCAUAUAGGCAUUGGUUUUGGGACGCGUCGGGUUUCGUUGUCACGUUUACCUGGAUGGGCCCAGCCUAACUGGCAGCCUGAUCUAGGGCACGAGUCAUGGGGUUAUCAUGGGGAUGACGGACGUUCUUUUGCGUCCCAAGACACAGGCUCGCCUUAUGGUCAGAAGUUUUCCACGGGAGAUGUAAUAGGAUGCGGUGUCGAUUUUGUGAAGAAACAAGCGUUCUACACGAAAAAUGGCGCUUUUCAAGGAUACGUAUUCAAUAAUGUUGAUGGGGAGCUGUUCCCAAUGGUUGGGCUCCGGACACAGGGUGAAGCUGUCAAGGCGAACUUUGGUCAUGCACCAUUUAAAUUUGACAUCGAGUCAUUCGUUCAUCUACGACGCAAUGAGGCUUGGGCGGAGAUACAAUCCACGAAUGUAGACUUCCUGCAUACGGAGACCGGGAUGUCGUUCAAAGUGGUUCCUACGCCGAGUCAAGUCCCCACGAAUCAAAUUGUCUUGGAUUAUCUGAGUCAUCAUGGUUUCGGUAGCGCUGCACGAGCCCUCAAGAAGUCUAUCGAAGCACGAGAAGCUCUUGCUCGGGAGAUUCGAGCCUCGGCUGAAUUCCCUAGCUCCUCCGCUCUGUCAUCUCGGUGCACUGCAGUGCCUUCAUUUGCACCUUAUGACUCAGAUGGCAUUGAUGCCCGUCAACGAAUCAUGUCGGCUGUUCUUUCGGGUGAUGUGGAUUUCGCCAUGGAGGAAACGCGAAAGCGGUAUCCAACUGCCCUGGAGGUAGAUGGGGGAUGGAUGCUAUUUAGGCUAAGAUGUCGUAAAUUCGUGGAGCUUCUCCUUGAGGCGUCUGCGGCACUCAAGAUUGCGAAGAAGAUGGAGGCUUAUGAAAUUGGGUUUGGAGAGGCUGUCAAGGAUAUCGUACCCGCAAAGGUCACACCGCGGCCGGUGGAGGGAGUGAGAAGCAUAUCCACAUCGAUUGCCCCUUCAAUUCCUCCCAAAGUGAGCGAGGUGACAGACAGUGAACAAGGCGAGACGGCUGAAAUGGAGGUCCAUCCGCAUGUGGAUGCGGACGCAAUGGAGGUAGAUGAGGUUCCAGGGUUGGAUGGGGUUCCAUUCUCCAUGAUAAGGCCUACCGCUACUCCAUUGAGUACUGCUAACGGUACCACUGCCGUACUUGCCACCGAUGGUACUCAUGCUAUCCCAAUGAGUCAGAAGGCAAGAGAGAAGCAGCCCGAGCGCUUAAUGUCUCUACCCAUCCUUUCCAAUCCUGCUCCAUCCUGCUCCACGGAAGCCGUACUUCCCACUGAACAAAAACCCGACCCACCUUCUCUACCCACACCAGCUGAACUUGCUCUCCAAAACGCACUUAAGUAUGGCCGUGCAUUACACGCGGACUACGUUCACGAUGAGCGAUCCGACGUCCAGAUGUUAUUCAAGAGAACGUUUGCAUUAGUGGCAUAUAAUGACCCCCUCGAGGCUGGAGGCGAAGAAAGUCGGUUUGCGGGGCAAAGGGCGAGGGAAGAACUGGCAGCCGAAUUGAACCGGUACAUUCUCGCUUCACAAGGACGAAAAACCCAGCCAAUUCUCGAACAAUUGUAUCUUCAGGCGAAUAAGACGAUCGUGCAGCUGGGCAUGAGUGGCACAGGAGCAGCUGCCUUCGGGGAUGUUGAGAAAGAGAUUAUUGGUUCGUUAUAGGCUUUUGGAGGUUAAAUCCGCAUGCAUGAUGAUGGCGGAGUAUGGAGAGGCUGGCUAAGGUGACCAUUGUAUUACCAUUGCAUGAGGAAAUGGGCCCGAUGUAAGAGUUUGGGAUUCAAGUUAGCGCCAAGUGAUGGACGAUCUUUCAAGUUAACACAUGUAUGAGCCACUUGAUAUUACACACUAUUUUGCCUCGU